AUGUCUUCAAUCUCUCGUACUUUCAUCUCAAAACAAACACCAAUCAAUCAAAUUCUCAAACAAAAAUCAACUCAUUAUCAACCUUCAACUUCAACAGUUCUAUCUUGUCGAUCUAACUCUACUGAACCCUUAUGUAUCAUUAGGGUUCAGAAGGGCUCAUUCCAUCCUCAAACAUCUGGUCAAUCGCCUAAUCGAGUCACAACAUGGAGUAAGAAUCAAGGUGUAAGAUCCGAAGCUAUGAAAGGACCUCGAUUCGAACAAACCGCGAUGGAUUUACAACCUUUUCCUUUAGCUGCUAUUGAUUUGAUUCAUCAACAACCUAUCUCGAUGGUCUCUGGUCGAGUAGCUUCUUGUGAUGGAGGUGGUGGUGCACUGGGUCAUCCUCGGAUCUUUAUCAACUUGGAUAAACCUGGUUAUCAUCCUUGCUCAUAUUGCGGUUUGAGAUUUGAGCAAGAAGCCCAUGAUCAUCAUUAA